ACAAAUCUAUUAGCCAUGGAAGCUGAAGAGACAAUGGAAUGCAUUCAGGAAUUUCCAGAACAUUACAAAGUAAUGUUGGACAGACUGAAUGAACAGCGGGAGCAGGAUCAAUUCACAGACAUCACUUUGAUUGUGGAUGUUCUUUCUCUCCUUCUAGGUCACCAUUUUAAAGCCCAUAAAGCUGUUCUUGCUGCCUGUAGCCAGUUUUUCUACAAAUUCUUCCAAGACUUCACUCAGGAACCUCUAGUAGAGAUAGAAGGUGUAAGUAACAUGGCAUUUCGUCACUUAAUUGAGUUCACAUACACUGCCAAGCUGAUGGUCCAAGGGGAAGAGGAAGCAAGUGAUGUCUGGAAAGCAGCGGAGUAUCUUCAGAUGCUGGAAGCCAUUAAAGCACUCGAAAUCAGGAACAAAGAAAAUUCAUUGCCGUCCGAAUCGGAUCAGGCAGAAGAUAAGAGUAUAGCCAAAAAGAGGAAGAUAGCAGAGACCUCCAAUGUUAUUACUGAAACACUGCCCUGCGCAGAAUCUGAGCCUGUUGAAAUUGAGGUGGAGAUUACAGACGUGGAAGAAAAUAACGUUGAACCACUUGAGGAGGUAGCUUCUGCUGAACAGUCGAUAAAGUACAUACAAACCACGGGUACAUCAGAUGAGUCUGCUUUGGCUCUCCUGGCAGAUAUUACCAGCAAGUUCCGCCAUGGGGAGAGGAAUAGUGAAAUUCAGGAAGAGUGUGACGACGGGUCUGAUCCAACGGGCAAGCAGGUGGAAGGCAUUGAGAUAAUGGAACUUCAGUUGUCGCACGUCAACAACCUUUUCCACUGUGAAAAGUGCAACCGUACGUUUAAGUUGUUUUACCACUUUAAGGAGCACAUGAAAACGCACUCCACAGAAACUUACAAGUGUGACCUAUGCAACAAAAGGUACCUGCGCGAGAGUGCGUUGAAGCAGCACCUUACCUGUUACCACCUUGAUGAAGGUGGUGCCAACAAGAAACAGAGACCUGGCAAAAAAAUACACGUCUGUCAGUACUGUGAUAAGCAAUUUGACCACUUUGGACAUUUCAAAGAGCACCUUCGGAAACACACAGGUGAAAAACCAUUUGAGUGUCCAAACUGCCGCGAACGUUUUGCUCGAAACAGCACACUCAAAUGCCACCUGACAGCAUGCCAGUCCAGCGCUGGUGCUAAAAAGGGACGGAAGAAACUUUAUGAAUGUCAGGUCUGCAACAGUAUAUUUAACAGCUGGGAUCAAUUCAAGGAUCACUUGGUAAUACACACAGGUGACAAGCCCAACCACUGUACCUUAUGUGACGUGUGGUUUAUGCAAGGCAGUGAACUGCGGAGGCACUUGCAAGAAAUGCAUAACAUCACAGAACGGCUUGUGACUGAGGACAUUCUUCCGGUGGACAGCGACCCAGUGGCAUCCAUGACUAUCAUAGAGCAAGUGGAACAAGUCCAUGUCUUGCCCGUAAUUCAGGUCCAGGUGGAUCCAGCACAAGUGACUGUAGAGCAGGUGCAUCCGGAUUUGAUACAGAAUAAUCAAGUAAAAGGUGAACAAAUAGCGGAGCUACAAGAGCAGGUGGAGAUAAGCUACUUAGAAGUGGAGCACAUUCAGACUGAGCAAAGUGCUGAAGUGCACAUGGAGGAGCUCGACGUGGAGCAUGUGAACCAGUUACAAAUGGAAGAGGUUCAGGCGCAGCUUAUAGAGGAAACUGAUAUAGAGCAAGUAGAAUCGGGACAUGUGGAUCAAGAAGAGCUGGAAGCAAACCCGCCUGUUCAAGCAGAGGAGGUGGAAGCACACACAGCAGAUCAUGAAGAAUCUGAUGAUUUAAAAACUCAGCCAAUAGUGGAUAUGCAAGAAGAAAAGGUGGAGACCUAGGAAAUGUUGACUGCAGUACCUGUGAUUUGGGGGGGUGGAGUGGGACAUGUAAUACCAAACUAUUUUUGUUAGUUUACUUGUAUUACUUUUGCACCACCAAUGGAUGGCUCUCUUGUAUCGAUGCUGUUGGGGAGGUGGACCAAAGUUAGGAUACUUGAUUAAACUGCCCUUCUUGAAUUUUUUUUUGGGGGGGUGGGGGAUAAUCCCCCUUUCCUAACAAAAACAAAACAAAAAAACCACAGAACAAAGCCUAUUCUAGAGAUGAACAAGCUUUGUGUGAAGUUUAAUAGUAGAGUUUUGCUAGAUUGUACCAUUUGGGUCAUACUGUUGUCAUUGGGAGAGACUUCUGUAGCAAGUUCUGUUUUCUUUUCAGAGUAUGAGUUUAGUGUUAAAACAGCAAGGCUCCAACAUUCAGAUGGAUUAUAUAAGGACUGCAGACAAUUUAUCCCCUUUCCCCCUCUAAUAUAAAUUUUUUGCAGUAGCUACAGUCUUUGCUUUAUUUAUCUUCUUCAGGUUAACCACAGAUCCAAUUCACUCAUCACAGCAAAUGCGGCAGUCUCUCCCACUUCACGCUUCCAGCGGGAGCAAACAAACCACAAACCUUGGUUAAGUGCUAUGUCCGAACUGGUUAACUAUGGUUUACUGUGACAUGUGAACACACUCCCUGUCUUUAAGCCUAGAAGUGGAUUGGUAAGGAGGUAGAGUGUGUUACAGGUGGGGUUUUUUUGUUUUUGUUUUUUUAAAAGAACCCUUGUGCCUUCUCACAACUAAGGAAUUAAACUUCCACAAAGCUUUUAGGACAUUUACAAAGCUAAUGCUGAAGAGACAGUGUACAUAUUGCUGUACAGUGCUUUGUAAUUUUGUUUACAAUUGUCAGCUACCAGGGUUUUUUGCAUUACAAUAAACUUAAGAUGGGGAGGGAUUAGUUCAACACGGGCAGUUUUGUUUUGUUUUAAAGGGCCAAUUAUAAUAGGAAAAUUUUGGCUGCAUCUGUAGCAAGGAAUGAGUUGGCUGCAAGGUUGCACUGGCAUCUUAUCACCAGAUUUUUAUUUUUAGAAAAAAAGGUACAUUUUAUAUUUAAAGAAAAUGUGUUUUAAAAAGAAUACAAAGUAAAUGUGUCUGCUCAAUGCAUCAGGCUACUGUUUUAUUAUUUAAACCUUUUUGAACCUUUACAGAAAGAUCUUGUGCUUAAAAGAUUUGGGGGGGG